UCUAACAAAAUAUCAGAAUUUUGAAAAUUUUCGCGAUUACUAUACUUCCUCUCCAGUUAUAGCACCUACCAUCAACCAACCAUCCACUGCCAAACCGUACCAAAAGUCGCUAAUUGAAAAAUCUAGAUAUACGAUCUAUGAGAGCAAAAUAAAACAAUCUAUGCAGAUAAGAUAAUCACACUAAUAACGCCAUCAAAAUGAUAACGGACGAUAAGAAGUGUUUAUCGCUGCAUUGAUCCAAACGAAUCGCCGUAGGCAGCAGAAGGUGUGGAGGAUGUCUGCGCGACGCAAAGAUGGAGCAUCCACAAAUGCAGACAGGGCUGUACUCAACUACCUGCAUCUUGCUGUGACUUUGGCUGUGCUUGCACUGGCUGUUCAUCUUGGCGAUGGAGGUUUCGCUUCCAGCAUAGACAAGAUCACAAGGAACUUGGACGUGGCCCUUUCAGAUCUCAGCGAUGACAAGAUUCACUACAACCCCUACAAUUCAACGGCACAUUAUGUGUCGGAUACAGCAUUCAACGCCAGGGGCAUGGCGGGGUUAUAUAACCUCACCGGAAAGGUCAUGGACGGCGUGCUGGCCAGAAAUUUCUUACCGAAAGAUCUUUUCAUAAUAAAUCACAAUCCGUCAGGCUUCUCAAUCAACCAGCAGGCGUUGACGUUUUCAACGAUCAUCCAUUCGUACUGGGUGAUACUUCUAGUCCUGAUCAGUUUGGUGAUUGUGGGCGUUUUUCUGCCCAUUUGCGGUCUCUGCUUUUGCUGUUGUAGGUGCGCAGGAAAAUGCGGGGCCAGAACCAGACCUGCUGACAAAAGGCGAGAUCUGUGUCGGAAAGUGUUACUUGGGGCUUUUCUGAUCGCUCUUGCUACUGGAAUGCUGUUCUGCGUAGUGUGCGCCUUUGCAAGUAAUCAGCAACUUCAAGAUGGUAUCAACGAUUUCCCGAAAAGCAUGAGAAAUAGCAGUAACGACGCCAGCACCUAUAUCAACGAUACCAAAAGACAAGCUUCUCAUCUACUAGUCACAAAUUUUGCAGAGUUUUCUGACCAAUUCUCUGACACCCUCAACAAAUCUGAAGACUACGUGAUGGAGCAACUGACUUUGUUGAGCAACGCAACAGCCAUGACUGAGCUGCAGACCUUCGUUAAAAGUAUUCCAAAAAUCCAGGCAAACUUGGAACUAUUGAAACAGGAUACGAACAGCCUCAGGGUGUCAGCCUCACAGUUGAAUGACGCAAUGAGGAAAGUAAAGGCCGAUCUAUUACAAACUCUGCAAGACUGCAACACACUACCUAAAUGUGCAGAACUCAAUAACAACAUCUCCAAGCUUCAAACGAAUAUUGAUUUCAAUAAGUUGCCAGACGUAUCUCAAACUAUCGAUAAGCUGAAAAAUUUACCUCUAAGGGAUUUGAGUGAAGCAGUAGAUCAAGGCGCGAAGAGGUUGGGAGGUAUAAAAAUCGAAAUCACCACGCGACUAAAGAACGUACUGAUAGAGACCAAGAAUACUGUCAGUAAAAGCAACGACACCAUUCAAGAAAAACUAAAGUACGUAGACGAUACGGUGGACUCAUUCCAAAGGCAGGUAGAUACUAACGUAGAAAAAGUGAUACAGUUCACAGAGAAGCAUUUGAAGGAGUACGGUGACUAUAGGAACUACGGUGGACUGGGGAUCAGCUGCGUCAUACUUCUGGUCACUAUCUUUUUGGCACUAGGCCUCAUAUGCGGCAUUUGCGGCAAGAGACCUGAUGGGUACAGCGAUAAUUGUUGCAACAAGGGAACUGGAGGACAGUUUUUGAUAUGCGCCGUAAUGAUAAUGUUCAUAUUUGGCUUCGUGAUAGCGGCAGUGACAAUAGUAGCACUUCUAGGAGGUCUGUUGACAGAUCGUGUAGUGUGCUAUCCACUACGAAAUCCAGAGAGUUCCACUGUACUGGACGUGAUUAGCGAUUAUACUAAAUCAUUGUCAGACCAUUCGGACUUGAAGAUUGAUGUUAAACAGAUGUUGAUAAGAUGCUAUCGAAAUGAAACGCUUUAUGAAGUAUUUGAGUUGGAGAGAAAGUUUAGUUUGGAAGAAAUAAAACAGCAAUUCAAUUUAUCAAAGUAUAUUAAAGACAUGCAGGAUAAUGUCAAUAACAUCAUUGAUGAUGAUUUCUAUUUAUUGGAUGAAACUAAUAGGAAAACAUUGGAAAAAUUAUCAGAUUUCGAUCCUGGAGUCGAUUUUGGUAAAUUCCAAGACGAGUUGAAACAAAACUUCACCAACCUGAGCCUGGAUGAAAUUUUAGACAAACUGAAGGAGAUAGUGGCCAUCUUAGACGAUGAACGUUACUUACAGACAAAGUCUGAACUUAAUUUGAGCAUUCUCCAUAUAGACACCUAUAAUGAAAAACUUCUGAAACCAAUGAAUCACACAGCUUAUGAAGCCAUUGAAACUGCUAUUGAUUUGGACGAGAGUCUUCGUAUGAAUUCUUCGGACUUCCACACAGCAAUUCAGACGCUAAUGGAUGAAAUUAUCAGUGCUGAGCACGUCCUCAAAGAAAAAGGAUCUGUUUUGAUUCAGGAGGUUGUGCAAAAAUUUGGCGAUAUAAUUUCAUCUCAAGUGAACAGCUAUAUCGAUCUUCUUGAACAAACUAUAAAACAUGAUUUUGCCAAAUGUGGUCCUUUGAGCAACGUGGUAAAAUCUACUUUGACAGCUACGUGCGACAAGAUACUUUUGCCUUUGAAUGGCUUUUGGGUAACCUUGCUGCUCACACUAGCCCUGUUCAUUCCAACGAUCGUGGUGUCUGUAAAAUUGGCCAGUCUUUAUCAAAAAUAUAAACCAAAUGGCGGAUACGUUGAAACCGAAUAUUUAUAUGAUGCAUACGCUGAUCGAGAUAAUAUACCGUUGAACAGUCAUGGGAAGCAACGGGGUAAAAAAAAGGCAAAAAAGGGACGAAAGUACGAGGACCGCCCACAGAACAUGGGCGGGGAAGUGGUGGCAAGAGAGUACGCAAUGGGGUCUCAUCAUCAGCCAGAUUCGAGAUAUGGAGACAUGGCGCCCAACGACUAUCUAAGAACCCGCUUUUAAUAAUAUUGCUAUUGCUAGGUGCGAACUAUCCCUCUAAUGUUGUUUGCGUUUCGUCCAAAUCAAUUGUUGCAUUGGGAGGAUUUUCCAAACGGGGGUCCACCGCAGUACCAAAGAGCUCCGACUGAAUACGAGAGGCCCCCACCAUACUACUAUCCGGCCUCUGGGGAGCAGUAAACAGGACGAACGUCUACUAACGAAGAAACAUACGAAGACUUUUAGUUAGAGAAAGAAAUACAGUUAGCAUAAAAAAUAUGCAGUCAGUUUAUACUUAUUCUGACUGUUUUUUCUCUUGAAGACAUCACGUUUCUACGUUUUUAUCUGAAAUAGGUCAAGGAUGUUUAGUGAAAAACAGCCUUCCUGUCGAUAGUAUUGACGUAUAUGGUCACCGCAGCCUCAGGUAAAAAUGGUAGUUAACAUAAUGACAUUGACAUAUUUCAGGUUAUCGCGCUGAUUUUGUAUAAGGUGAUUGUGAUGUAUGAAACUUCGAGACAUUUCAAUUUUGCUCAAUGAUGAUCUUAGCAAAAAUAGAAGUGAAAAUGUGAACAAUCAAAUCGAGCAACACUAUCUAUAUAAAUAAUUUAUUUUUGAACACGGUUAUUGUGAUAUUUUUAAACUGUUAUAUUUUUUAGUUCUCUGCAAUAUCUAGUUAGAAUAUUCUAAUAUUCCGUUUAAGUUAGGCGAUUUGAAUUUAUUAUAAAUAGUACUAUUUUUGUGAUUUUAGCGUGUGUUUUGUGCUAUGUGAUGCUCACAAAGAUCCAAACGCAUCGUAAUAUGUACUGUUCUAUGUAGUAUUGUAAUAUACGAUUGAACAAAUAAAGCGUUUCUAGGUAAAGCUUUCUAAUGCAAAAAUUAAACCUUUUUUUGGGUUAGGAUCAGUAGUUCCAAUGGUUAAACUCACUUAUAAGGAAUAUAUGUCAAUGGCUUACACAUUUCCCCAUGUAUUGAUUAGACGAACCUUUGAUUAGGAUUGCUGAUACAAUUUCAAAUAUUAAACACUAAGUAUUUUGAAAAUAAUAGAUUUAAAAAUCUAAACUUUUGAAAAGAAAUUAAUUAAGCCGAAAAAGCGAGGUGUUUUGUAAAAAGAUGUAAUAGAUAAAGGCUAUAGGCGAAACAAGAUAUGAAAAUUGCUCCCAAAUGUAUCCAAAUCUGGAUCAUCAAUUAAUGUAUGUUAUGUCAAAUCACCUUAUCCAAAUUUUAAGAUUGAUAGAUCUCCCCCUAGGGGCACCCUACCUCAAAAACGCGUUGAAAUAAUUUUUACGGGCGCAAUUUUGUUCAAAAAAUUUUGAAAAACCACCGAUUUUUCCAAUUUUAGACAUUUUUAGAGCAGGAUAACAUAACUCAAAGGCUCAAUCGAUGCAUACGUACAGGUUUUUGAUUUAGACAAGCAUUCUUUUAUUGACCGAAAAUAUAAAAAAUUGAAGAAAUACGGCGAAAACGCGGUUUUUUCUUUUUCACAAUUUUUCGGGAAACAAGUCAAAAUUUUGGUUGUGGUACCUAAAAAAAUGGACAAAUAUACACACCUAUAGCCUUUUCUGUGAACAUUUGGUGCAGUAAAAACUAUUGGUGAUAGUAGAGUAAAACUCACUACCUUGGAGACUGAGACGCAGUAGAAGGUGGUACGACAGAAGUAAAAUUUAGAUUAGUAGCAACCCCUGUCAUUAUGUCACAUGUGUAGCAUUUAAUCAAAACUCACAGUUUUUGGAGCUGUUUCUUAGAUAAGUCAUUUAAAAGUACUAUUUUCACGUACCCCACCUUUUAAAUAGAUCCUGCUUAAAACAAGAUAAAGACGUACAUGUUGAUAUUGUGUAAAAUAAGAUUAGUAACUGCCAAACAUGAACAUAUAUAUCGGUAAAGGUUGACAAACGUGAAGAAUUCUGUGUUCAACUUUAGUUCAAUUUUUAGAUUAUUUAUUCAUGUAUACAGGAGUGCUAUUGUACUGCGCUGCUUGUACGGUUCGCCCUGUAUCUACGUACGUGUUUCAACCCUUUAGAAUUCAGUGACACUGCAAAGUCAAAUAUUCAAUGAUAGCUGAUGGUCUCGCAUCGGAAAAAUACAACCUAUUUGUUUUUGUCUUUUGUUGAAAUGUGGUACCUAGGAUUUUUAUAUGUAUAAUUAUGUAUUAUAAAGUUUUAUAUUUUGUAGUUAUAAGCUGAUAUGGUAAAAACGAUUCAAAUGCGUGUUUUAAAAAAUACAGUUGAGAAUAUAAAUGCAAGCUUAUUUUUCAUUCGAUUCAAAUCAUACUCAUAUCCUUACAAGCAUUGAGCACAGAUAUGCUUUCCCCGAAGAUUGAACACAAAAUGUAUCAAAACUCUCAAAUAUAUUGAACUCUUCAUUAUUGAUUCAAAAUUAUGGUGUUAUUGAUUAAACAUGAUGUUUCAUGGCAUCUAUAUCAAAUUAUUUCAAGUGCAUGUGAGCUAGCAUAUAACUUAAGUAAUUUUUCGACUUUUGACUAAAUACUAAUAACGUGCGCAUUUUGUGUUCUAUAGAUCCCCAUCAUUCAUAAGAAAUGUCAUUCGUUAAUUCUAUUUAAUCACUGAAAUAUAUUCCAUUUCUAUAGUAAAAUUAUUGUGUUCACUUGAUUUGUGCUCAAUUUUUCCCCGUUACGGAUGUUCAAGCCAAAUUUUUGCCAUAUUUCUACUCUACUUGAAUGUACUGUUCAUAGGUGGAUAGUUCCAUUUUAAUUAUAAUAAAAACUGGAAUUUCUCAUCUUCUAUUGAUUUUAUUAAAGAUAUUAUAAAC